GCAGAUGACAGCUUCGUCGCCAGCGUGCGCGAGCUCGCGCCCGGCCCUGCCGUAGCGACGCUCUGGCGCGGCACUGGAGCCCUCGCCGCCGCCGCCGCUGCGGUCGGCGGCGACAGCGGAGCAGAGCUGCCGCCGAGCGCGGCGGAGGCGUCGCGGCUGCGCGUGCUGUGGCUGUCUCCGACGGACAUCGUCGACGGGCGCGGAGCGACGGCCAACUUCCCUGCCCCGGACCGCACGGGCGAGAAGUACUACAUCACGACGGCGAUCAACUACGCGAACGGGCUGCCGCACAUGGGCCACGCGUACGAGGGCGUCUGCGCCGACGUCAUCGCUCGCUACCACCGCGCGUACGGCCGCGAGGUCUUCUUCCUGACCGGUGCCGACGAGCACGGCCAAAAGAUCAGCGACACGGCCGCUGCGCAGGGCAUCCGGCCCAUCGAGUUGUGCGACCGCGCCGUCGCCGGCUUCCGCGCACUCAACGCCAAGCUGGGCGUCUCGAACGACUUUUACGUGCGCACAACUUCGCCUGCGCACAAGGCGGCCUGCCAGGCGCUGUGGCGGCGGGCGGUCGAGAGCGGCGACGUGUACCUCGGGUCGUACGAGGGGUGGUACAAUGUGCGCGAGGAGACGUUUGUCACCGAGACCGAGGCGCAGGCGUCCGAGUACAAGGACCCCGUCUCGGGCGUGCCGCUGCAGAAGAUGCAGGAGUCGUCCUACAUGUUCAAGAUGGCCAAGUACCACGAGCAGGUCGAGGCCCACAUCCGGUCCCACCCCGAGUUCAUCCAGCCCGAGAGUCGGCGGAACGAGAUCCUCGACCGGCUCAAGGAGCCGCUGCGCGACCUCUCCGUCUCGCGCGCCACGUUCACAUGGGGCAUCCCUGUGCCGGGCGACGAGAAGCACGUGAUGUACGUCUGGUUCGACGCGCUGACAAACUACCUGUCUGGGAUCGAGUACGGCAGCGGCGGCAAGGACGGCUUCUGGCCGUGCGACGUCCACCUCAUCGGCAAAGACAUCAUCUGGUUCCACUGCAUCAUCUGGCCCGCGCUGCUUCUCUCGCUGGGCAUCCCGCUGCCUCGCUGCGUCCUCGCGCACGGGUUCGUCCACGGCAGCGACGGGCGCAAGAUGAGCAAGUCGCUCGGCAAUGUGGUCGACCCUCUCGACGUGCUCACGCGCCACUCCGUCGACGUGUUCCGCUUCUUCCUCGUGCGGGACGCGCCCUUCGGGGGCGACCUCACCUUCUCCGAGGAUGCGCUCGUGCUGCGGCAGAACGCAGAGCUCGCGGACAACUAUGGCAACCUGGUGCAGCGAGCGACGGUGCUGUGCAAGAAGGACUGCGGCGGCGUGGUGCCCGCAGCGGAGGCCGAUGCCGUGGUCGACCUGUCGGCGCUGCGCGAGGCGGUGGAGGCGGAGAUGCAGCGCUUCGCCAUCGACCAGGCGCUCUACUUGGUGCUGCGCGCACUCGACGUGGCCAACAAGUACGUGACCGACGCGGCCCCUUGGAAGCUCCCUGCCGGCGACCCGAAGCGGCGGGUGGUCGUGCGAACCCUGCUCGAGGUGAUCUACGCGUGCACGCACUUCCUCGCCCCCGUGCUCGUCGACGCCGCCCAGAGGGUGUGGGAGAAGCUCGGGACGCCCCCCGUCCCGAUCUGGCGCCUCCGCCCGACGCUGUCCAACCUGGUCCCCGGAACGCCGGUCGCGGCGAGCGCGUCCAAGGACGACGUGCUGUUCGCUAAGGGCGAGACGGAGGGCGCACGGGCGCGGCUCGAGGAGGAGGCUGCCAAGAAGAGGGCGGCCAAAGAGGCGCAGGCCGCGCGCGCCGCGGCGGAGCAGGCGGCGGCGGCGCGGGCGGCGGCGGGCGGCGGCGGCGGCGUGGCGGAGGAGCUGCAUAAGCUCGAUUUGCGCGUCGGGCGCGUGCUCAAGGUGGAGCGGCACUCCGAGGCGGACUCGCUGUACGUGGAGGAGGUCGACUUGGGCGAGCCGACGGGUCCUCGUCGCGUCGUGUCUGGGCUGGUGAAGUACAUGACUGCGGAGGCGCUGCUGGGGCGGCGUGUCGUGCUGCUGGCAAACACAAAGCCGAGCAAGCUCAAGGGCGUCGAGUCGCAGGCGAUGCUGCUCUGCGCCUUCGCCGCCGACGGCAGCGCGGUCGAGCUGGUGGAGCCGCCGCCGGCCGCGCCGCUCGGCGAGCGGGUCGUGUUUGACGGGCACGACGCGCCGCCCGAGAAGCAGCUCAACCCUCGCAAGAAGCUGUGGGACAGGCUGCAGCCCGAGAUGAACACCGCGCCCGACGGCACCGCCCGCUUCCAGCAGCUGCCCUUCUCGACGCCGCACGGGCCCUGCAAGUGCGCCUCCAUCGCCGGAGGCGCAAUCAAGUGAGCUCCGCGCCGUGCGAGAGCGGCGCUGGCGCCGAGCGACGCCCGCCACGCGCCUCGGACAUCACCCCAUUUGGGGGGGGCCCUCUGAACACAAAACACGCUCGGGCGUCGGGCCACACACAUGCACACAUCGCUGGUCGAUCGUCUACUGUUUCGUUAUCCCCAAUGCUUUUGAUGAUAGAGGGUGUGGACCGUG